AUGUCAAGCGGUGGCGGCGGAAUAUUCAUCGAUCCUGCAUUUGAUAUAUCUCAUAUCAUACUGUCAUCAUUCUAUUUGGCAUUGAUGAUAUCAGCAGUGGCCGCAUCAAUAUAUUGUAAAGGACUACAUUCAUUCGCAAGCCUUGUAUUCUAUAUACUUUUGAUUGUAGGAUGUGCAUUGAGGGCAGCAUUGUUUAUCAUAUACAUAUUGGUAGUUGAACAGUUGGCCACACUGGAAGACCCAACUGCUGACCUCCUAGGUACACUACCAUCAUUCUUCUUCUUUACAGUAUACUCUGUAGCAUUAAUAUUAGGCACAAAGGUAGUGGACGACCAUCUACCAAGCACAGCCAAGUUCAAUAUUAAGUUGAUUAUGCGAGUUAUUAUUAUUGGCAAUUUUAUAAUGUACUUCAUGGCGACAGUAUUAUAUAUUCUGGAUUAUGUAUUUCCACAUCCAUCUGGUACAGGAUCACUGAAUACUCCAAUGACUCUUAUUGGUCAGAUCAUUCAAAUGCUUGUAGCUGUAAUCUACGUCAUUGGUUCCGUAUACUUUGUAUAUACACUAUCCAUUCAUUACCUGAGAAAUUGGAAAGAGUUUAGAGCUGCCACACGUAAUAAUGAUACAGAGUUGGAGGUGAUUAGGAAGAUGUUCUUGGCAGUGUUUGGAUAUUCGUCACUGAGCUUUAUAGUUCGUGCAGUGAUGACGGCCGUCACAACAUUUGUUUCCAUCACAAGUUGGAGCAAAGACAUAUUCUACUACACGGUGCUCGAGGUGCUGCCCAUGAUGCUGCUGCUCAUCAUCAUGACACGACGAACAUCACUCAUCCUAUUGUAUCAACAGAUGCUGUCACUCAACCUCUUCAGUUGUCUGACGCGCAAAAAGACCGAGAAGACUCCACUAAUCACCAAGCCAUAA